UUCGCCAUCUGCACGUCACUCCCAAACUUUUCCUCCCAGCGCUCUAGGAGUCAGGUUGUCGCGCCCUGGAUGCGGGGCCCGAGGCGCGGGGCUGGGCGCGUUCCCGCGGAGCUGGAGCCGCAGAGGCUCCCGGGUCGGACUCGGGCUUCUCAGGAAAUCUAACAUUUUUUCCCCAUGAAGAGGAAACAUUCCGAAGGAACUCAGGAUGUAAGAAUAGAGGUCUUUACAAGCAUCUUCACGGAUGGCAUGUCAAUCCAUCAACGUGAAGACCAUGAUAUCUUCUGAUUUCUUGUGCGUUUCCAUGUUCUCCAGCCAUAAUAAUUCUACUUUUUUCUCUGCCAUGGGAAAAACCUGAAGGGCAGGCAGAAUUGCUUGUGAACUUGUGAACUUCUUCAUCACUGCAGUGUCUGUUCUAGAACAUGACUAUCAGAGAUUACUUCCUUUUGUUGUCUUUCGGGGUUGAACCAAAGAAUGUGCUUCCUGAUUCUCUAGUGCUUUGGUGUCUGCUCAUUUUUACAUUUGUUUCUGUUGCUGUGCCUUCCAACCAUCUUAUGUAACCACAAGACAUCAUUAAAGUUUUCCAGCACGACUUGCACACUUCCGGACUCCUGGGGGUGCUCACUCACAGGCCAGCAAACCAGCAGUCCUGGGUACUACCAUGAGGCACUGCAUUAAUUGCUGCAUACAGUUGUUACCUGAGGGUGCACACAAACAGCAGGUUGGCUGCCGAGGAGGCCCCGAUCACGGUCACCAGGUGUGUCCCACGUGUAGAGGAGAAAACAAAAUUCUGUUUCAUGUGGAUAGUAAGCAGAUGAACCUGCUUGCUGUUCUCGAAGUGAGGACUGAAGGAAAUGAGAGCUGGGGUGGGUUUUUGCGCUUUAAGAAGGGGAAGCGAUGUAGCCUGGUCUUUGGAUUGAUAAUAAUGACCUUGGUGAUGGCUUCUUACAUCCUUUCUGGGGCCCACCAAGAGCUUCUGAUCUCAUCGCCUUUCCAUUAUGGAAGUUUAUCCAGCAAUCCCAGCCUGAUGGACAGUGAAAACCCAAGCGACAUGAAAGAACAUCAUCACCAACUCUCUGUAAAUAAUAUUUCAUACAUGAAGGACUAUCCAAGCAUUAAAUUAAUUAUCAACAGCAUCACAGCCAGGAUUGAGUUCACCACCAGACGGCUCCCAGGCUUAGAAGACCUCAAGAAGCAGGAAUUGCACAUGUUUUCAGUAAUCCCCAGUAAGUUCCUCCCCAACAGUAAGAGCCCCUGCUGGUACGAGGAGUUCUCGGGGCGGAACACCACCGACCCCUACCUGACCAACUCCUACGUGCUCUACUCCAAGCGUUUCCGCUCCACGUUCGACGCGCUGCGCAAGGCCUUCUGGGGCCACCUGGCGCACGCGCAGGGCAAGCACUUCCGCCUGCGCUGCCUGCCGCGCUUCUACAUCAUCGGGCAGCCCAAGUGCGGGACCACUGACCUCUAUGACCGCCUGCGGCUGCACCCCGAGGUCAAGUUCUCCGCCAUCAAGGAGCCGCACUGGUGGACCCGCAAGCGGUUUGGAAUUGUUCGCCUGAGAGAUGGGCUGAGAGACCGCUAUCCUGUAGAAGAUUAUUUGGACCUUUUCGACCUGGCUGCACACCAAAUUCAUCAAGGACUACAGGCCAGCUCUGCAAAGGAGCAGAGCAAGAUGAAUAAAAUCAUUAUCGGGGAGGCCAGUGCCUCCACGAUGUGGGAUAACAAUGCCUGGACAUUUUUCUACGACAACAGCACAGACGGAGAGCCGCCCUUUCUGACCCAAGACUUUAUCCACGCCUUUCAGCCAGAUGCCAAACUGAUUGUCAUGCUCAGGGACCCCGUGGAAAGGUUGUAUUCAGACUAUCUCUACUUUGCAAGUUCCAAUAAGUCUGCAGAUGACUUCCAUGAGAAAGUGACGGAAGCGCUGCAGCUGUUUGAAAACUGCAUGCUGGAUUAUUCCCUGCGCGCCUGUGUCUACAACAACACUCUCAACAAUGCCAUGCCCGUGAGGCUGCAGGUCGGGCUGUACGCCGUAUACCUUCUGGACUGGCUCACUGUUUUUAACAAGGACCAGUUUCUCAUUCUUCGCCUGGAAGAUCACGCAUCCAAUGUCAAGUACACCAUGCACAAGGUCUUCCAGUUUCUGAACCUAGGACCCUUAAGUGAGAAGCAAGAGGCCUUGAUGACUAAGAGCCCUGCCUCUAACGCACGGCGUCCGGAGGACCGGAGCCUUGGGCCCAUGUGGCUGGUCACACAGAAGAUUCUGCGGGACUUUUAUGAGCCUUUCAACACCAGGCUGGCACAGGUCCUGGCUGAUGAGGCAUUUACAUGGAAGACGACGUGAGAGCUCCUGCCACACGCAGUGGGCCAGCCAGUGCCCCCACUGCCGGGAUUUUAGAAUCUCUCUUUAUGGAGAACCAGUUCACUUGUGGCGUGGAAAACCCUAGGACUCCUUUCCUCCCUGGGGACACAUUGGUUAUAACCAUUUGACAACUUCCUUUAUGAUGUUCUGCUGAACAGCACUCGACCCUUCCCAGAAUCCCUCUUUCCUGGGUGAGUGGAGAUACCACUUUCUCCAGAAUUCAGGGCUGCCUGGAGAGGCCUGGGCUCUGGGAGGCAGGCUGGGGCACGCUGCGGGUAGAGGAGGUGCCUGGGGAAGGCAGCUGGGCCAUGGGAGAGUCUGAGUCUGGGAUCCGAUUCAACUUGCCAGGGGAUGUGCCCUGGGGCUGGCCAGAACUCAGCCUUCACAGUCACUGUUUCUUCCUAGUGAUGAGGGCUCCGUUAUGUUGCCCAGAGUGGGGCACAGGGGCUGUUCACAGGUGCAGUCACAUCACAUUCACUUCCAAACAGUCUUUUGUCAAGGUCACUGACCUCAUCAUCAGCUCUUUCAAGAAUAGAGGCUCUUCGCUUUUAUUCAAAGUCAGCCCUGUAGUCUCUUCAGUUAUAAACCCUGUUAACUUCAGUGAUUCCAAGAGGAAAAAAAAAUGUCAGUUUUGGCAGCUCCCUCAUCUCCCGACCUCUUCCCGUUCUAUCCUUGUAGACGUUACUUAUGUUUCAUGUGGAAAUGAAUGCGUUUAAAACAAAGCCACUUUCUGCAUUUGACUAGCCCAGGCUCUCUUUUUUGCCUUUUUAGAUGUUUUCUCAAGAAAUUCAGUUCAUAACUGAAGGGAAAUUUUUGCCGUUAAUGCCAGAAUAAGCAACCUCAAGGAAUUGAACAUUUCAUGAGAAAACCUGGGUAACUCAGCCCUCCUCGUGUGUACAAGGUCUUCAGAGAGCUGCUGAGUUUUACAUUCUUAGUUCUGGGGGCGGCAGGCUCUGUCUCUGCCCCUUCCCAUUGGAGUGAGUUUAUGAUCCACAUUCUCCACGGUGUGGUCCAAGUUCCUUAGCGUGUACUGUAGUGAAAGAACUGCAGGAUACAUGUGUCCUCACUCAGAAACACUGUGCGUGAGCUGAACUUGGGCCCAGCAUGCUGUGCUGAGAUUUGGACAUUGCUAGGAGCCAUGUUCUCAAUGGAACUUUCCAGGGCAUGCGGUAGCUUGGCAUACCUAUGGGUGGGUUGAAGGGCCUGUUGUUUCUUGGAAGUCCUGGGGAAGAUCAACAAGAAUGCUUGUGCCCACUUGGCACGUGGCCCCAAGUGGGACCUGGACAAAGUUUUGCACUCAAGUGUUGCUAAGAGAAGCUUCCUGGGAAGCCUGGUCCUCAGAUCAAGGUCCUCAGAUCAAGGGCUGGUCCACCAAAGCUAGAAAGUGUAACACCCCUACCCAACUACAGCCGGAUGGGGGAGGCGGACUGGGCUUUGGUGGCUGGGGGAUCUGCAUCUGCUCAGCUGUAUGACCUCAAUGCCAUUGUCUUUCUGCCUUGGAGGUGGGACAUACGUCUUGUCUGAGGGCCCUUGGCACUGGCAUGGCUGGAGGUAUUUCUGCUACUGAAGGAGCUGUGUGUCCUGAGCUCCCACUAUCAGGGACAAUCCCCGCCUUUCUCCGCAGCCGGCACUGGGAGUAGCAGCCAGCAGGGAAAUCUGGCCUGAGCACAAGGAUGCUGUAGGGAGCUGCCACUUCAGUGUGUGAGUGUAUUUAUUUGCCGUCAGAACGUGCGGUGCGUCCUCUGAGCGUGUCCCCUCCGCUCUGUAGCCACGAUGCGCCUCUGCUCUGGACACAGCCCUUUCACGGAUUGAUUUCUCUGCCUGUUACCCUGCCCUUUCCUGUAUGUAUUUCCCCCUUCCUUACCAACCACAACUACAAGGGGUUUUCUUUACGCACUCCUACACAUGUGGACAACAUGUAGUGUAAUUCUGCUUCUUACAGAAGUAUGACCGAGGUAUGACUUCCAAUAUUAUUUGGUUUAUUAUGUGGAUCUUUUUUAUAUACACAGGCCCAUCCUUUAUGCCAAUCGAUGCCAUCCAGACGCCAUUUUCCUCUCAAGGGCCUUUCUCCAGAGGGCACGCUUGUGGCCUUUGCUCUCUCUUAUUCAAGGUCUGGCUCUUGGUGACAGCACAGGUGUUGUUCCAAGCAGUGAUUCUUGAGCCUGUCAUUCAAAACCAAAGCAAAUGGAGCAUUUCUCACCACCUGGUAUUGAAAUAAUGUGUGUUCUCAAAAGCUGUGUAUCAGAUCAUAUUAAAUUGUACUCCCUUAGUUGUGUAUGUUAAGUGAAUUGCAGUUACACUGUAUUUUUAUUAAUAUUUAACAUAAUUAAAGAUGGACCCA